AUGACGCACAGAACGAGCUGUUCUUCAUGUGUCGGGAAGAGUGGCAAUGUCCCAGCAGGCACUACAGUGGACAGCACCAUUACACACCCCUCAGAGUUUGACUUCUACCUGUGCAGCCAUGCUGGUAUCCAGGGCACAAGCCGUCCCUCUCACUAUCACGUCUUGUGGGAUGACAACUGUUUCACAGCCGAUGAACUGCAACUGUUGACUUACCAGCUCUGCCACACCUACGUGCGCUGCACCCGCUCCGUCUCUAUCCCCGCACCAGCCUACUACGCCCGGCUUGUGGCGUUCCGUGCCCGUUACCACUUAGUGGACAAAGACCAUGACAGUGCUGAGGGCAGUCACGUAUCAGGACAGAGUAAUGGCCGAGACCCUCAGGCCCUGGCAAAGGCGGUCCAGAUUCACUAUGAUACCCAGCACACUAUGUACUUCGCCUGACGUCAGCUAGCAGGAGACGCACUUCUACACUCCCUCUUCAAUCUGUCUCUCUCUCUCUUCAUCUUCCCGUUUCUCUCUAUCGCGUCUUCGUCUGCAGCAAAGCAGUUCUGAAGCCAGGGGGCCAUCUGUCAGUCCAGUCGAAAUUGGUCGGCCUCAGAAGAACCAACCUCUACCAGCAGUCCUGCACUGAGAGGCUUUUGGCCUCCAAUGCACAGAGAGAAAAAAAAUCAAAUUGAGCCAUUUUUAACUUUUUCAUUUCUUAUUUUGAUUUUGAAUGUCUUUUUAAUUUGUAAUAUACACUGAGUGUGAGCAAACCUGCGCCAUUGGUCAGGGCAGCUCUGGCUCUCUCAGCUAAGCUGGACUCUGUCUACUUUUACCUCAAGCCACCAUUGGCUGAAUCUUGUCACAUGUCUUGGGGUGGGUGGGAUGGAUCUUGCAUGUCGGGGAUGGGGGGAGGUUGUGUUGACUUGGAUGGAUUUGUUGUUCUCCUUUUUAUGGUCGUAUUUGGACUCUCUCCUCUCAGUCUUUUACAAACGAGGUGACCUUGGUAUACAUACCCAUUACCCGCUGCCAUUUUGUGCCCUUGUGUGGGUGUGCGUGCAUUCGUUCGUGUGUGUGUGUGUGUGUGUUUGUGUGAAUGUGAGUUUAUGUCUCAUGGCAGGCCACUGAAAUGUUAAGGGAAAUCUAGGAGCAAACUGCUGUAAAUGCCUCUUUUUUUAAAUUUUUUUUUUAUAUUAACACACACAUAGAUAUAUAAAAAUAUAUAAAUAUUUACAGCUCUAUAAGCAUAUUCAACUUGAUCUAACAGGCUUUCAUAAGCUGAUGGUUUUGUGUAGCAGUAGCAUUACCCAUAGUCUCCUCUGUGAGUGUUGGGGUUGUCGGACCUGGGCAAACGGCUUGGUACAGGUGCCAUUCUGCCUGUGGCAAGACUGGAAGCGCAUGCGGCUUAUUCGGAUGUUUAUUUUACAGGGUUGAAAGGUAUGGCCAUUGCACAGUUACAGACGUAGCGCUAACGCGCCGUCUGAUAGGCUAGGCUUGCAACAUACAGCACUCUCCCUUCUUUUAUGCAUUUAUACGUAAGAUUCAAAUCAGAUUUGUAAGAGUUUAAUAUAAAUGUUUUUUGUGGUAAACUUUAACAGUUUGUUAGAGUAGAUAAUCGUUGUUCUUGUCGUUCUUAAUGUUGAUAUUGAUCAGUUGUCUGCAAAUCGGUCGCAUAAUUAAUUGAUCCAGGAGUCAUUGUGGUUGUAAAUGGAGAGGUUUUUUUUUAAUUUUUUUUAUACAGCUUAAAUUCUUGUAGCGUUGUAAUGGUAAUGAGGGCCCAAAAUGCUUUGGUUUGUCAACUUUUUUUUUUUUUUUUUUUAAGUUUGAACUGAUCAAAGUUUGAGUUUUAGAUCAUUUCUGAACCAAGUUAAUGGAAAGAAAGUAGAGUGACAAAUCAGAACUUUUUUGGGGGAAUGUUCAGCAGUUAUAUGAAUUUUACACUUAGUCUGUUUAUUACUUCUGUGUGUAUAUGAACUUGAAUCUAUAAUAUAAAUCUGAAUGAACUUUCUCUUGCAUACUAAAAAUAGGACACCAUACAUUAAGACACACGAGCAUAAGCACUGCCUUUGGACUGAACGGCACUGACGGUGCAGUUUGAAGGGUCUCCAGCGCGCACGCCUCGUCAGGGUGGCCGCUCUGCAAAAACCCUUUUGUAAUAAACCAUCCGUAAAGCAGCAGGUUUGCUAUAAAUGAGUUUGAGCACCAGCCUGUCGUUGGCGUGGACGCUGGUCCCAUGAAAGAAGAACAGGAAUUGGGCAAGGGCAUCACAUGCAAUAAGUUGGAUUUAAGCAUCGAAUGCUAAAUAGUUUACUCGAUGUCACAGCUUCCAGAGAAAAACGCGUUUGAGUAGUGUGUGUGUGUCCUUUUUAGGCAUUUUCACUAAAUUGUUACAUGACAUUUAAUUCCAGUUUUUAACAUGAUAUCAUUGCAAAGCAAUAUAACCCAAAAUCUAGAACAAUUUAAAAGCUGUAAUACUUUUUGUCAAUGUGGCUGUUGGUUGGAUUCCUAUUGCCAUUUGUGUUUAUGUACUUAUUUUGCUUGUAUCAAUCAGUGGGAAUGUGCAUAUGGUGGACUAGCUCUUUAGGCUAUGUGGAAAUUUUUCAAAUUUAAACUGUGCUCGCCUGCAUGCCAGAGUAUUGUUCUAAUCUCUUACAAAAUAUUUAUUAUGGCGCAGAAGUUUUUUUUUUUUAUGCGUAAAUCAAUACAGUGAGACUGUUUUGAGUAGCGAUGUUGUCCGGUCUCUUUUACAAGAUUUUAAAAAUUUCUCCAGAAAUGUCACUAACUCUGAUGAGGGACAGAUUUGGGGGCUGAAGGGGUGAGGAUGUUGGUCUUUGGGAGCUCCAACCCAAACGAGGUACUUUCUUCAAUCACUGGGCCGCUAAGACUGACCUCCUCAACCUUUCAUUCCGUCCUCAUGCUGAUGAGGAGCCCUUUUACCCACUGUCUUGUUCCUUCUGCUCUUGGGCUCUCCAGUGCUGUGGCGCCGCCCUGGUGGCACCUCCACACAUGCACUUCCUCUCUGCAUGUGGUGGGCCCCAAGGGUCUGCUACACAAGGAUUACCUCUUAACUUUUUUUUAACCCAUUCUCUGUCCCCUUUAAAGAGAGCAUGAUUUUUUUUAAAUUCCUAUUUGAUAUAUAUGGCUUUGUUAUUUGAAAAAUGUGUAUUGUAAUUUAAGUUUUUGUUUCUCUUACUGGUGUGUAGCUUUUUUGUGCUGUUCUAUUCUCGUGUUCUGAGCUGUGUGACUUGUCCAAUAGCAAUAGGGGCACUUUCUUUGACCUGCUGGGGAACGCUCAGGACUCCUGUAGCUUCUCCUAUCUUGAGUGCCCCAUCAGUUGCGGUAUUGCUUUGACAUUAAAAAAAAAAAAAAUCCCCCCCCCCCUUUUUUUUUUAGCCUGCAGGGAAUAUUUGUGUUAUUGUGCAAAGUAAUAAAUUGGUAUUUUAUGCCUAUAACACACA